AUGGUGUUUGCGCUAGCAACUGGUACAGGCUUUAGUAAUGCUGUGACGCUUGAUUUGUGGCAGAUGUCCAUAUGCGUGAAGCCUACUGGUGACGAAAAUAUAGCAACUAAUAUGAAGACAUGUUACGAUGCGGGAAUGGAGAAUUUUAUUUUUGAAGUAGUCGCAGAUAACGCUAUUCACCUACCGCCUCAACCACGAGUACGAAAAGUUGUAGUGCCAACAUCUUAUCGAACGAAGAGCGGUGCAAAAUUCAAGGCUCGUGCUUUACAAUAUUGUCUUGAAGACGAUGCCAAUAUCCUUCAGAAUAAUGAUUGGAUUGUACAUUUGAAUGAAGAGACGCUACUGACCACGAAUACGAUAUGUGGGAUAUUGAAUUUCUGUGAGGACGGUCGGCACCAGUUUGGCCAAGGUGUAAUCACUUAUGCUAGCGGUGAAUUUGUCAACUGGCUGACGACAAUGUCUGACUCAUUUCGAAUCGCCGAUAAUAUGGGCCAACUGCGACUGCAAUUUAAACUGUUCCACAAACCGUUGUUUGGUUGGAAAGGUUCAUUCUUCGUUACACCAGUGGGUGUGAAAUGAUUAACGAUAUAAGAU